AUUCGAUCAUGAAAGAUCUCUGCGUCUCUUGGAUUCUACUUGUCAUCAAGUUUGAUGAAUCUGGCAACACCGGUCUCGCCCCUCCAAAGAGGCAAAUUGAAACCACCGACCUCUUCAACAGUCCACCACACCGAAGUAUCUCCGCCUCAAACUACUACUGUAUGUAUGAGCAAUUUUUGCAACUCUCUCAAACAUCGAAGGACUGAGCUAGACAAUAACAGGGCGCCCAAAAUUGAGACAUCGGAGCUUCGAAUUAAGCUUCUUGCUUCCGCCAACCCGUUAGCCGCCACGCGUCCGCCACUGAGCAAUUCCAGGGAGCGAGACCAUUGCCUCGGUGGAGACUCCCAUGCAGCCAGACCUUCGAGAACCUUGCCUUACUCUGCCUCCUCCUCGGUCCAGAACUGUGUCGCUGGCUCCGGCUACCCGACAUCGCCCGUUAAGCUCAACCUCUCGGGGGUGAAGCUCCUUUUAGUUGCAGAUUCGACUGCAGAUCGGGACCAUAUAUUGGCGGACCUGUGGAUCUCGAGGAUCACCCCAACCGUUAUACCUGCCGUGUUCACGAAAUUUGACAAUGCGGUGAGGUCUUGGGUGACUAGGGUCAAAGCCUCGUCAGAGAAAGACACAUUCCACCACAUGCAUCGUCGAUCGACUAUGGCUAAGUUCCUGUGCGACCGUCAGUGACAGUCGGUUCUUUGCCCCGGGAGGAUCUCCCGGGCGCCGUCCAAUAGUGCUCGGUUGUUCGCUUGGCCCCUUUGGGUGCUGACCCGUGCGGUACAACCAAGCAUGUCUGAUUCGGACUCCACUCCAGAUUCCCUGAUCUGCAUCUCGCACCUGCACACCACACCACCACACCAUGUGCUCCUUUUGAGAUGGAAUGAUGGCGUCAAUUGCUGCGAUAACUGUUUCAGGCUCACAUAAGGCUGGCUACUACAUCUUAUAGUAUACCGAUGCUUUUGCAAAGAUAGAACUGCUGCUUAACGAAUGCAGGGCCAUACUGUUAUAGCUCAUCAACUCAUUGACUAAAGUUCCGCGCACAAAAGCCUUGUGCUAGGUCGGACAAAUAAACGUGCCUAACUUGGUUCUUUCCCAUACACAUCAGCUAUGGAUGCCUGAUUAUGAUUACUCCUGAAUCGUUGUU